CUAAAUAAAUAAUUUAAUGUUAUUAAAUUGUUUUAUUUUUUUAAAGAUAGGUUAUUUUAUUCAAUUAAUGCAAUUGAAUAUAAAUGAUCCAAACGAGAACAACAACAAGAUCAAAAUGAAAAUUCUUACAAGAGGAUAUUUUUUAACAAUUACAAAACACAUGAGUUUAUCCAUCAUCAAAAUACAGAUACUAAUCAAACUGUUUCUUCAAAUGCAUUCAUGGCGAAACAAGCUAAUUUCUAUGGGUGACAGUCAAACGAGCUACUUCCAUAGGUGCAGCUUCUUCUCGAAGACUAGUAAGUUCUGAAUUUUCCAUAGCUCCAAAUCGGGUGUCCCGUUAUAUUCUUCUUUUUCGUCUGUCUCUUCGAAGUUCUUCACAUAGAUUAUCACAUGAGUAAUUGAUUAUUUUGAUUGAUUAUAUUUGGGUACAUCGGCUUAACACUGUAAAUUUUCCAUAGAAAUUUUUUAUUUUUUAGCUGACAUCUCAAUUACCAAAUUAAAGAGUACAAAGGCAUUUGUCUAUACUGCUCUGGUAAUUGCUCUAAUGGGAGAUAGAAGAGCUUAUUAGAACAGCUGAUAAGCCAAUGAAUAUGCCGAAAAGAUUGAGUACUGCGAGUUCUACUCUCUUGACCUGAAGUGUUAACUUUUCAGGCUUGUCGGACGCUGAUAAUCUGGGAAGGAAUUUCAAGUGGAAACUUGCCAACAAAAGAACUCUAACACAGGCUGAAUUUUGAUUUGAAGUUUGUUUUCUAACAUAAUCAUGGAAGAUCAGUUUUUCUCUGAGGGAGAGGGAAUUGGGUAUUGGACACCUCCUGGCGCUCAAUUCGAUGGACCAAGCAUGAUAGACAACGGAAUAAAAAAUCUUGUAUCAGAGGAGAAGCUUGACAACCUCCCUGAUCUCAUGAACUUCGAUAACCUUGCUGGUUGGGGUAAUAUUCCAUCUGUGACUGAUCAUAAUUUAGAUAAUGGAAUUUCAUCACUUGCCUCUAUGCCGUAUUCUCCACCUGAUGCAUAUAGUUUAGUGGAACAGGCCAAUGAUCCAUACUUUAUGACAAAAGAUUGUGGAAAUUAUAAUGCUAUUGAAACCUCCUUGGGUUUCGAUGAGAAGGCUGUGUUACAGCAAUUGGAGACCCAACUUGGGUUGUCAGAAGAUGCAAAUGAUAUGAAUAACAUAAAUGGAUCACUUCAAGAAUUGAGUGCUGCUGACAUGGGAAAUUGCUUGGUGCCUAGACCAUUUGCUUGGUCGCUUGAUGAGAAAAUGCUGAGGGCUAUGAACUUGUUUAAGGAAUCAGUUGGUGAUGGAAUAUUGACACAAGUUUGGGCACCAAUGAAGCAUGGUAAUGACUUCAUCUUAAGCACAAGUGAGCAACCCUAUUUGCUAGAUCACAUGCUAGCUGGAUAUCGAGACGUGUCGAGGGAAUUUACCUUUUCUGCUGAAGACAAACCAGGGUCUUUUCCAGGGCUUCCCGGACGUGUGUUUAUGUCCCAAAUUCCUGAAUGGACCUCCAAUGUUGGGUACUACAAUAAAAGUGAGUACCUGAGGGUGGAGCAUGCAAUUAAUCACGAGGUUCGUGGAUCAAUUGCGGUUCCCAUAAUUGAUACGCUCGCUGAACCACCUUGUUGUGCUGUACUAGAACUUGUCACUACAAAGGAAAAGCCUGAUUUUGACAAAGAACUAGAAAUUGUUAGCAGUGCACUCCAGCUUGUUAAUUUAAGGACUACUACGUCUCCACGACUUAUGUCCCAGUGUCUAUCAAAUAACAAAAGAGCAGCUUUAACAGAGAUAAUUGAUGUGUUACGAGCUGUGUGUCAUGCGCAUAGUUUGCCACUGGCAUUGACAUGGAUCCCCUGUUAUUAUAGUGAGGGGAUAGGAGAUGAAGCUUCAAGAAUACGGAUUAAAGAUGGGGGUAAAAUUCCUGGUGAAAAAACUGUACUAUGCAUUGAAGAAUCAGCUUGCUAUAUAAAUGAUAUUGUGGUAGGAGGAUUUGUUCAUGCAUGUGUUGAACAUUAUCUCGAGGAAGGGCAAGGUGUAGCUGGGAAAGCGCUUCAAUUAAAUCGUCCAUUCUUCUAUUCCGAUGUGAAGGCCUAUAAUAUUAGUGAAUAUCCCCUUGUUCACCAUGCGCGAAAAUAUAAGUUGAAUGCUGCCGUUGCAGUCAGGCUAAGGAGUAUUCAUACCAAUGAUGAUGAUUACAUGAUAGAAUUCUUUCUACCUGUCAAUAUGAAUGGAAGUCAAGAACAGCAACUUUUAUUAGACAAUCUAUCAGGUACUAUGCAGAGAAUGUGUCAGAGUUUGAGGACAGUAUCGGAUGCUAAAUUAUACGGGAUAGAAGGUUCGCAAGUGCAGUUUUCAAAGGAAGAAGGCUCGAGUUUUUGCUCUAUGUCUAGGGGAAACUCUCAUAUGGCGCCGGAUGGUGACCAUGAUUCGGUCCAGCCUAUGUCCGUGACAAACAAUGAAACUGAAGCUGCUCAUAACCAGGCAAUGGAUGGAUCAAGAAAGCAGAUUGAGAAAAAGAAAAGUCCAGUGGAGAAGAAUGUUAGCUUGAGUGUUCUCCAGCAAUACUUCUCCGGUAGUCUUAAAGAUGCGGCUAAAAGCCUUGGUGUUUGCCCAACAACCCUGAAAAGGAUAUGCAGGCAACACGGAAUUGCAAGAUGGCCAUCGCGCAAGAUCAAUAAAGUUAAUCAUUCGUUAAAAAAAAUACAAACCGUGCUUGACUCAGUCCAGGGUGUGGAAGGAGGACUGAAGUUUGAUCCUUACAAAGGGGGAUUUAUGCCAGGAGGAUCAAGCAACCAAGAAAUUAAUGCACAUAAAAGUUCUCUCUUCUGGAAGAAAUGUUCUGGAAAAUUUCCUGAUCCUGCAUCAAAAGAUGCAGUCACCGUAUCUCCGGCAUCUGGUAGCAAAGAUUCAAAACCAAUAGCCAUGGAUGAUGGUGGAUUACGGCAGGAACCCUUUCGGGUUUCUAUUUUGGAAAGUUCUAGGUGUGAUAUAGCCUAUCACAGUCCAAACACCCUCGGCGAGCAUCACAAUCCCACUACUUCAAGCAUGUCAGACUCGUCGAAUGGCUCUGGCUCUCGGAAAUUUGAGAAUCGGAAACAUUUGAAAGCCAAAUCACCUUGUCUUGAUAAGGGAUCAAAAAUUAUUGUCAAAGCUGCCUACAAAGAAGAUAUGAUCCGUUUCAAGUUUGAUCCUGCAGCUGGUUGUCUCCAGCUCUAUGAACAAGUUGCAACAAGAUUUAAAUUACAAAUCGGAUCAUUCCAGCUGAAGUAUCUCGACGAUGAAGAGAAAUGGGUGAUGAUGGUAAAUGACUCAGAUUUGGAAGAAUUCAUAGAAAUAUCGGAUGAUCUUCGCACCCGUGCUGUGAAAUUUCUUGUUAGCGACCUAGUGGUUUGAGCAGCCGUGGCAGUAACAGUUGAUGAAUUCAAUGAAGCACAAAAAAUCUUUGAUCUAAAUAAUCCCAAUGGCACAUCCAAAAUACUUCGUAGAAAUGUCUUCAUCUGACUUGUGUGGCUAAAAAGCAAUAAUGAAAUAUUGUUGACGGACGAAUUUAAUGUGACAACUGAAUUCUUCAAUCAACAUAUUUCAUUAGCAUUGCCUUUUAGGCACAGAAGACGUUUCUAUAAAAUUUUCUGAAUGUGGCAUUGAGAUUAUUUGGAUCAAAGAUUUCUUGUAAUUUAAUUUUCACAGAGGAAAGAACCUUGAAGCAUGACCAUGCUUUUUCAAAGUAUCUAUUUUCAGAAGGUAGGAUAAAAGUCAUGUAUAUUCUAGUGCUUAUUUGUGACUAUUAUCUUACCUUCUGAAAAUAGACACUUUGAAUAAGCAUAAUCAUGCUUUAAGGUUCUUUCCUCUCUGAAGAUUAAAUAGCUUAUA